AUCCCUGUGAUGUCACCAGUAUCGUUGUGACAACCAAUUCCCUACUUUUUCUCUUAGUGUCCAAAGGAUAUAUCCACAGACAUGUUUGCCCGUCUUCUCAGGCGCUUUGGGAGAGUUGAUGUUGGUAGAGAAGAGUCUAGAGUGAAGCAAACGGAACCUAAAGAGGCCUGCAGACAGACGUCAUCCCCUGAAAAUGUCCUAAACAAGGUGCAGGCCAACGAGGAAGAGGAGAGGCUGAAUAGAGAACUGGAGCUAACUACCAAGGAGAGAAAUGAGCUGACAGAUCGCCUCCUUUAUGUGACAGGUGGAUCCAUGAGCAAGAGCCCCUACUUCAGGCCAAAUCCAUUUUAUGAAAACUUGAAGAUAAAGGAGAAAGAGGUCAUGUCAUUACUGCACAACUUAGACACAAAGAACAUUGAACAUCAUGAGAAAUUUCAGGAGCUCAAGAAGGAGAUUAACUUCUAUCGGUAAGUACUGGUCAGAAGGGCCCAUCACUUGUGGAAUGGCCAUGUCUGCCUCUCUUUGUU